GAGCGGAUGGUGCAAGUGUGUGCAUGCCAGAGUGGAGUCAGGGAGCCUGUGUUCGUUCAGGGUGUUAUUUUGAGUUUCAGCAGCUUUAGCCUCCAGCGCCUGAACAUUUUUGUCUCCAAGCUGAACACCUUCAGAACCUGGAGGCCACAUCUCUGACUCUGUCAAGGAGGAAUGUUUCUUGUACUCUGGACGUAGCCAGUCAGCAGCGAGAUGGGCUCAGAGGAGCGCAGUUCAGCCAUGUCACAGAAGAUCUCCUCCCUGUCACGCAGCAACAGCAGCUCCUCGUCCAAGCAUGACAGCCGACAGGACAGCUGGGAAAUAGUGGAGGGUCUGCGAGGAGGCACCGGAACCGUCCUGGAGCCUCAGAAACAGGAGGGCUACAUGCUGAAGAGGAGAAAGUGGCCUUUGAAGGGCUGGCAUAAGAGAUACUUCUUCCUGGACAAGGGCAUCCUGAAGUACGGCAAGUGCAGUGCUGAUAUCGAGAAAGGGAAACUGCACGGCCGCAUUGACGUGGGACUCUCUGUCAUGGCCAUUAAGAAGAAAGCCAAGUGCAUCGAUCUUGAUGCCGAGGAAAACAUCUAUCACCUGAAGAUUAAGUCACAGGAGCUGUUUGAUGAAUGGGUGUCCAAGCUGCGCCACCACCGGCUCUAUCGGCAGAAUGAGAUUGCUAUGUACCCUAAUGAGAAAUCCUUCUACUACCCUCACUACUCCUCCCCUAAGUCGCCCAACUCCCCCAGCUUGGCCAAGAGUGCCUCUCUCAGAAAGUGCAUGUCUAUACAAAGACAGUCCACAGUGCAUUCUGUCGGAGCCUUCCCUUUAAGCUGCAACAGCCAGGCCAAAGUUACAGCCUGGCUCCAGUCAUCAGAUGACAUGGACAAGUGCUCCAAAGACCUGUCAGUCUGUGACGCCUACCUGCUGGAGCUCAACCACCUGCUUCAGAGCAUGGAGGUCCUCCAUCGAACAUAUUCUGCUCCAUCUAUCCAGGCCCUGCAGACAUCUACAUUCGACAGCCCUAAGAAGGAGAAGAGACUUCCAAAGAAAUGGCGGAAUAAAAACUACAACAAAGACGUAAAAACAACUCUGCAGGUACCCAGCUGCAUCUCCUCUGGCUCUAUCCGCCUCCAUGCCUCUAACCCCAACCUCUCCUCCGCUGCACUCGCUAAUGACAAAGCCGACACCGAGUCACUAGAUUCUCCAUUUGAUGUGGCAAAGCUCCAGGAGGACUUCUGCCGUAUCGCCACCAACUUGCAUACAACCAUGAAGUCGGCUCUCAGUUCACUGACGUCUGAGCGGGAGAGGUUAAAGCAGUGUCUGGACCACGAAACAUGUCCCCCUACCUCGCCGCAAGUUGUCGGUUUGAAGAACACGCUGGCGACGGCUUUAGCCCAGAACUCUGAGCUGAGAGAGCGCCUGAGCAAGAUUCAUGCCGAGUCCCACAUCGUAGAGCCCACAUUAAUAAAUCUCACUGCCCCUGUGCAGAAACAGGUCUCUGUGGAUGAAUCCCCUCCCCUUGUGCACCAAGUGUCCAAUGAGAGCAGAGCUUCAAUCGCAGAGUCUUUGUCCGAGUUCUUUGAUGCACAGGAAGUCCUGCUGUCUGCUAGCUCCUCUGAAAAUGAGGCCUCAGAGGAUGACUCAUACAUCAGUGACGUCAGUGACAACAUUUCCAUGGACAACUUCAGCAAUGGGACAGAAAUCGAGAGACCAAACUCAGGGUCUGCAGAAAAAGGCGCUGCCCUUUGUCAGCGUAGAUCCUGCCUGCCCUCUCUCAGUCCCAACAACAGCACCAUCAGCCUGUGGAACAUCCUCAGGAACAACAUCGGCAAAGACCUGUCUAAGGUGGCGAUGCCUGUGCAACUCAAUGAGCCGCUCAACACCCUGCAGAGAUUGUGUGAGGAGCUGGAGUACAGCGAGCUGCUCGACAGAGCCGCCAACACACAGGACCCUUUUGAACGUAUGGUAUACAUAGCUACAUUUGUUGUGUCAGGCUAUGCAUCCAGCUACUACAGAACUGGUGGAAAGCCUUUCAACCCCGUCCUGGGAGAGACAUACGAAUGUGACCGGCCGGAUAAAGGCUUUCGAUUUGUUGCGGAGCAGGUCAGCCAUCACCCUCCGAUCUCAGCCUGUCACGCAGAGUCUAAAAAUUUCAUGUUCUGGCAAGACGUGAGGUGUAAGAACAAGUUCUGGGGGAAGUCGAUGGAGAUUGUUCCUGUGGGUACAACUCAUGUAACUCUGCCAGAAUUUGGGGACCACUAUGAGUGGAACAAGGUGACGUCCUGCAUCCACAACAUUCUCAGUGGACAGCGCUGGAUUGAACACUACGGGGAGAUCUCCAUCCAAAACACCAGCAGUGACAUUUGCCAAUGCAAGAUCACGUUUGUUAAGGCCAAAUACUGGAAUUCAAGUGUGAACGAGGUGGAGGGAACCGUCACGGAUCAGAAAGGGAAGGUCGUCCACAGACUCUUUGGAAAGUGGCAAGAGGCAGUUUUCUGUGGAGACCCACCUUCAGCCACAUGCAUCUGGAGAGCAAAUGCAAUGCCAGUGGACUAUGAGCAGUACUAUGGUUUUACAAAGUUUGCUGUUGAACUGAAUGAGUUGGACCCCUCUCUGAAACUGCUGCUACCACCCACAGACACCAGACUACGAGUUGACCAAAGACUGCUGGAGGAGGGGAAGUUGGAGGAGGCAGAGGAACAGAAGCAGAGGAUUGAACAGCUGCAGAGAGAAAGACGGAGAGUCCUGGAGCAGAGCAAUGCCACGCAUCAGCCUCAUUUCUUCAGGAGGUCCAAGGACGAUACGUGGGUGAGCAACAACACAUACUGGGAGUUGAGGAAGGACCUCGGCUUCGCCCACAUAGAUUUUCCGAUGCUGUGGUGACCCCUGAAAUGUACCUCGCACACUUUUUCCACCUGCGCAGCCUCUACUGUGACCCAGGCUGGUUCUGGUGACGUCUGUAUCCCAGUCUUGCCAUCCACAUUCAAUCCUGUCUUAGUUAUUGCAGUUCAUCAAAGUUGUUGCCUUAAAAGCAAGUGCUUAUCUAAGUUUUGUAAACAUGUUUAUGCAAUUAAAUUAUAAAAAAAAGUUGAUCGAUUGAUCAAACAGUUUUUGCCCAUAUUUCCAUGUCUAAUGUUACACUGUGCAACUGAAACUGAGAAAAUAAUUUGGUAUUUAUGAUGAUAAAUAUUUUAAAGGAGACACAUUAUGCUUUUUGUCUUUCCUCAAGUAGAUGGUAGGUUUUUUCUGUGUGUAUGACAUCUGCAAAGUUAAAAAAGCCCAAAGUCCAUCCUAAAGGGAGCUCCUCCCCCGCACAGAACAUGCUGCUCCUGAAACUCUUGAAACACCUCUUGAGUAAUCUGGGUAUCACGGUGUCAUGUGACAUCACAAUGUGACAUCACAUUUGCAUAAAAUAAUAAUAUUGAUGAAUCCAGGUAAAGCAAGAGCAGAGGCCGACAUUUCAUAUGAGUGCUGGAAGUGGUUGACCAAUCACAACAGAGUGGGCCAGCUAGCCAAUGAGAGCAGACUGGGCUUUAUCAGGAGGGGGGACCUUUAACGAGACAGGAGCUAAAACCAAGUGUUUUAGACAGAGGCUGAAAAUAGGAACUGCAGCAAGAGACAGAAUGAGGAAGUGUUUUUUUUGUCUACACCAGUUUAACAUGUACCGAACAACUGGUCUCUUUAGCUGCCGUCUCAUCAUGGACAUUCUCUACCUCUGAGAUAAAACUAGCCUUGAAAUGCCAGUCAUGAAGUAAACACAUGUUAUAUUUAUUCUACACCUGCCUGAUGCCUUACUGCUUGUUCUCAUAUUGUUUAAUUUAUUUUUGUUGCAUCUCUUAAGUGUUUUUUAAAAUGUAUGUUUUGUAAGGAAUUCUUAAAAACACAUGACCUGUAAUCCUUAUUGACCUUUUCUUUCUGUCUCCAUCACAGUGAUUACAGCUUUUUGCUAUGACUGUGUCAAUGAUUGUGCACCAAUGAGCUGCUGUAGCAAACAUCAAAUCCAGCUGUUUUUCACUUCAUACACUCAUACGUCGUCUCUGUGGACUCGGGGAGGAUUUGUGACCAAAAGUGUCAGAAGCUAUGCUCCAUGAGCUCAAAUAAAAUCUG